UACACAUGCAGCUUUCUUUAUUCCAUUAGAUCUGAAAAAGACUACUUACCCAACUUCCUUUUAAUAAUACUUCUCAUUCACCCUCUUUCAUCUCAACCAACUCAACAACAUCUCUUCCAUUCCAUGCAUGAAACCAUUCAAUUUCUAACUAUCUUUCCUUCUUCAAAACCAAACUAAAAAAAACUACUUUUUUCCACCCCUUAAGGCUAAAGUUACUUAUUUUGCUCCAAAAAUAACUAUGUCACCAGAUGAAACACAACAAAUCUCAAAGUCUGCUAAAGACAACAACAACAACAACAUCCACAGCCAACAAGGCUCUGGUGGUCGGAAAACACCUUCAUCAACAUCUUCCUCAACAAAACCACAAGAACAAAACAUGAAGUGUCCAAGAUGUGACUCACCCAACACGAAAUUCUGCUACUACAACAACUACAGCUUAACACAACCAAGGCAUUUCUGCAAAACAUGUAGAAGAUAUUGGACAAAAGGCGGUGCUUUACGCAACGUUCCAAUCGGUGGUGGAUGUAGAAAAAACAAGAGAGUGAAAUCAUCAUCAAGACUCUCUUGUGAUUCAAAAGAUUCCGCUACUUCUUCUUCGGAGUUUGUUGGUGGUUUGAAAUUUCUCCAUUCUCUUUCUUCUCCUUCUAUGGAUUUUCACCUUGGUAAUGGUUUACCUUUUCCUAGGCUUCAACUUCAGCACCACCCUCCGUUAUUUAACCAUUUUCCUUCUUUUGGAGAAACUUCUUCUGCUAUGAAUUACCCUGCUACUUCAAAUUCUCUUGCUGCUAUGAAUUACCCUUUUUCAACCGGUAAUAGUAAUUACAAUGGUGCAAUUCAAGGUUUGAGUUCAAUGAAUAUUAAUCAUGGUAACAAUAACAUUGCUUCUUCUAUUGAGUCAUUGAGUUCUAUGAACCAAGACUUGCACUGGAAGCUACAGCAACAGAGAUUAUCCAUGCUGUUUGGUGGAGAAAACCAGAAAGAUAAUAACAAUCAGACAGAGAAACCACUACAACCUAUUUUGUUUCAAAAUCUUGAAGUUUCAAAACCAGCUGGUGGAAAUUUCUGUGUCGGAAAUUCAAGAAGAGAAGGUACGGAUGGCGGAGGAGAUACACCGACUGAGUGGUUUUUCGGUAAUUCUUAUGGUUCUGCUGCUGCUACGCCUACUGUAAGUGGUGGAGCUGGUCAUGAUAACGGAAGCAACUGGAAUGGUGGUGGUGUUCAUGCUUGGAAUGAUGUGCAGCCGCAAUAUAGUGCUAUGCCCUAGCUUGAAGAAAUUGGAUUUUGUGCAGUAAGUAACUGCAUGAAGAAGUUACCAAUUACACUCUCAUCCGCUCAAUCUGAAAUGGGCGGUCGAGAUUGUUUAAAGUUAAUUUUGUUAUUAUAUUAUCUGAGAGUUCUAGUCUCAGGUUAACUAUCAAAAUCAUUUAGAGUCACUACUGCAGAAGAUCUGAGAGGAUCAAGAUUAGAGAAGGCUAUGUUAAAAGGUAGAUCUUUCUCUAGAAGUUACUUAGGAAGAAAUUAAUUAAUAGGGCAACUUUGAUAUUUGAAUCAAACUUCAUUAGGUAUAUGUUAGUUAUUAUUUAUGUUUUGGUGUUUACGUUUGGUUUGGUUUAAAAAGAACACAUAUAUGUAAUGUAACAGA